UUUUAAUGCCAUUAAUGAUCGAGCGCACAACUGAUGUUUGCGCGCGCAGUAAAUCACUUCCGCGAGAGGAUAACAGAUCUACACGCGAGCAAACGGGAGCCCGCGAGCUCAUUUUAAACCCGCGCGCGCGCAUGACAUCUCCUUUGCGCGCAGAUCAAGCCCUCGCGUGCUCGGACAAGAUUCGCAGCACGCGCGUCAUCAUUCCCCACACUCGCGCUCAAUUAUGGCGACAUUUUAAUGCCAUUAAUGACCGAGCGCACAAUUGAUGCUUGCGCGCGCAGUAAAUCACUUCCGCGAGAGGAUAACAGAUCUGCAAGCGAGGAAACGGGAGCCCGCGAGCUCAUUUUAAACCCGCGCGCGCACAUGACAUCUCUUCUGCGCGCAGAUCAAGCCCUCGCGUGCUCGGACAAGACUCACAGCACGCGCGUCAUCAUUCCCCACACUCUCGCUCAAUCUUCUAUUUCGCUCGCGCGAACACUUUUGAUUUUUGUCAGUCGUGGGGCGGGACUUUACUUAUUUCAUUGAAACCUGAAAUCUCAUUGGUCAACUCAGUUUUUCCGGAAGUCUGUUGUGAUUGGACGCCUGUGAGUAGCAAUCAAGAGCUGAAGCAGAGUUAUCAAGAUGGACAACCAAAGAGAGGCCGAGUUGCAGAACGCUGCCAGGCAUGUUGUGUCCCUUUUACGCAGUGCUCUAACACGUGAGUCAUGCCCACCGUCAGGAAUGGAUGAAGGGCAGGUUCAGAGAGAACAGGUCACAGCAGGCAGGAGGCAACAUGCAACACAGCUACAGGGUCAGGCAACCCCUGGCAACAGGGUGGAGUCUGCAGUGAGACCACAGCGCACCCUUAGUGGUGUUGCAUCAGGAAAUUCAGUGGACCAGAGUAUGGCCAGAGCAUUCCCUGGUCUUUUCAAGGCACGAAAAAGCUUUAUCCCAACUCCUAAAAAAAGGCCUGCCAGGUCAAUGCCAAUUCAGUUUUUCCUGCUAAAUAAAAGUGUUAAACGGACCCCAAAAGCCUCUGAAGAGUUGAUUCUUCUACAGGCUGGACUAGGACGGAGGACUGUUGCUAUCCCAGAGGAUGCUGAUCACUCUGAGAUAUCUAAACUAUUGUUGGAGACAUAUUCAAAAAUGGAAUCAUUGGAGGGAGCCUGGAUGCUGUAUAAAGCUGUUGGUGGAUCUGGUCAGCGAAAGCUGAAUGUGGUUGCUCCGGAAGCUGAAGGAUACACAGGGUCCUACCUUAUUAAAACGGUUGGAGGAAAGGGCUGUUUAUACAUAAUGCCAAUUCAGAACACACUGGACAUCUCCCCUUUACCUUACUCAUCCAAAGAAUUUGAAAAAAUGCCAAAAGCUCGAUGUGUCAAGUGUCACACAGACAUGCCUGUUCAACUGUUGGCUGUGCACGUCCAGAAGUGUGAGACAGACAUAUGGAUUAACAGCAGCGAUAGUGAAUCAGAGCCUAUAGAUUUCUUGCUGUCAUCUGAUACAGAAGUGCCUUCCAUUUCUACAAUAGUGGAUGAAGAUAAUUCCAACGAUCCUGGAGACCCUACAAAUGAAGAAGUGGCAUCUACUUCGACAGAAUUGAAUCGGUGUAGUGGCCAUUUAGGGAAUGAGUUGGAUUCACCUUCAGUGGUUAUGGAUGCCAAGGUAUCUUGUCCUGUGUGUUCUGCCAUGUAUUCAGAAGACUUUAUUGAAGUACAUGCAAGUACCUGUGGGGAAAGAGCUGACGAUAGACCAAACCAAGAUUUGGACAUAACGGGACAAAAGCAAGACAAGCAAAAGAGUCUUACAGACGCAAUCAACACACUUAAAAAGGCAAUAGACCCUUCAACCAUUUUCAGCCUCUGUGUCACAAGGGAAGACAUGUUUUCCCGAGGCCUAACACAGUGGAAACGGCAGAAGAAGUCCUCUCCGAAGAAUCCCCUCAGAGUCACAUUCAUUGGAGAGCCUGGGAUAGAUAGUGGUGCUCUAAUGAAAGAAUUCCUGACCGAAAUGAUGGCCGGAAUUGAGGAAAAAUUCUUUGAGGGAGGGAGCACUGGGAAAAAUCUUAAGUAUUCAAUUACGGACUUUCAGAAUGACAAUCUCAGGAUAGUUGGUGAAAUAAUGGCAGUGAGCAUUACUCAGGAUGGACCUCCACCCAACUUUUUCAUGGAGUGGAUAUACAAUUUCAUUUCUUCCGGCGAGAUUAAAAAAGAUGAGCUGACAAAGGCUGACAUAACAGAUGCAGACCUGCUAGAUCUAAUUGACAAGAUUGAGACCGCAGACACUACAGCCUUGCUUGACCUUUCUGAAAGAAUUGUAGCAUGUGGGUACACAGGACCCCUAACAUGUGAUCGAAAGGAAGAGAUUGUCAGUGCUGUUGUUCUGCAUUCGUCUGUGCGAAUCCUCCCAAUGCUGCAGCAAAUGUGCAGAGGAUUGGAACUCUAUGGCCUCCAUGAAAUGGUGAAACAGAAUCAGCCUUUAUUUCAGCCGUUAUUUGUUCCUGGUCACUUUACAAAACCUGAUGCAGAUUUUCUCAUGAUGGCCCUGUCACCCAUUUUAAGUGAGGUGGGUUCAGUGAAGCGGCAGAGAGAAUCAAGAAUUGUGAACUACUUGCAGGACUUCAUUCAAAGCCUUGAAGAUGAAGAAGAAGGGAGCAGCAGUAAGGAGAGCAGGGUUGGAGAUGACAGCGAACAGGAGGAUAAAACAAACUGCACAAAAGGAGAUGCAGAACAAGACAAGAUCACCGUCAGCAGUUUCAUGCAGUGGAUUACUGGCCAGGGGCAUGUCCCCAUUACUUCUGCACAAAGAGAAAAAUUUAAAAUACAUGUUGAAUUUGAUCAUGACUGCCAGCUUCGAUAUGGUCAGCAUAGUUUAUGCUUCCCUCUAGUAAAUGCAUGUUCCUGUACUGUGACCUUGCCUACACAGCACCUAGGGACAAACACAGAGUUCCUCGGCAUUAUGAGACAGGCUGUGAGCAAUAGCAGAGAAUUUGGUCGUUCAUGAACUUGAUUCUUACUAUAGUUUAAUCACUAUACUGUGUACCCUCUGUUAUGUCGUUAAUAAUAUGUUAAAAGAAUAGGGGUGCAGUAGCUUGAAUUUGGUCGUUCAUGAACUUGAAUCCUAGUAUAGUGUUUACUGUUUACCCUCUGUAACUGUUAUGGCGGUAUCAAUAUGUUAAAAGAAUAGGGGUGCAGUAGCUUUUGGAUAUUUGACUAGUUUUUUAUUUUUUUUAAUUCAUCAUUGACUUGUAAUACAACAAAAGCAGCCAAGAUUGCUGCCAAAUUGUUCCAAACUCUAUUCAGAUGUGAAAAAACUGUACAUCAACACACAGUAAGCUUCAGAGCAAAAUAAAUCCAUUAUGCUGUUCA